UUAAACGCGUUAUUAACGGCGUUAACGCAAACCAAAUUUAACGGCGUUAAAAAAUGUAUCGCGCGAUUAACGCAAUUAUUUUAUUAACUCAUUGGCUGCCAAUGACGUCUAUAGACGUCAAUUUAAAUACAACCGUUGACUGCCAAUGACGUCUAUAGACGUCAAUUAAGUUUUUCAACGGGGCGGGCUGGGGAGCAAUCUGGAGCACCUUGUCACAAAAAAUCAGGCUUGUAAACAGAAUGUACUACUGAACUGAGCCGCCAGGUGGGCGGGGGCGCUGUGCCAAAUUGGAUCAGAGAUGAGGAAACAGUAGCCUAAUGGGUUAAGUAAGUGAGCAUGGCGAAACGUAAGCGAAAUUUCCGACAGCUAACACUUGAACAGAGUAUGCGUCUCAGUGUCGCGGUUGGUUGCGAUAAAGCCUCUGACGAAACACCCGGGCCAAGUAGACAGAGUAGGCCUACACGGCGUAUUUCAGAAGACACCUCCGAAUCAUCAGGUGAUGAAUUCAGCGAACCUGACCCGGAUUCGUCGGAUGAGUGGUUGCCGUCAACCGGGAACAGCAGAGCCUCAUCCCCUGGCGUGUCUCCAGGAAGACGUGAGGGAGAUCGUGCGUCCAGCAGAGCUCGCACUCGCACUCCCCCUCCCCCUCCCACUGCUCCCAAUCCUGUUGGCAAAGCGAAGAAAGGUCGUGCAUCCAGCAGAGCUCCGACUCCUAUUGGCAAAGCGAAGAAGAAAGGUCGUGCAUCAAGCAGAGGUUGCGGGGAUGACUGGCAUCAAGCUGGCUGGCAACCAAACAAUUUCCCCUUCACUGCAACCCCUGGACCCCGGAGGGCUGCUGCGGAGCUGGAUAGCGACCUGCCAGCUGACUUCCUGAUGCUCUUCCUGACGGACGAGCUGCUCCAAAAUAUUGUGGAUCAGACCAACCUAUACGCAAGUCAAUAUUUUGAAGCACACCCUGACAAUCUGCCAUAUAGCAGAGGACAUGCAUGGAAACCAGUGUCAGUCCCAGAAUUGAAAACUUUCUUUGGACUCAGUUUUCUCACUGGUUACCAGAGGCGUGACAAGUUCACCCCGAACUACAACUCCAGGGUCUGUGGUUGGCAUUUUCCUGAUGGCAAAGCAGCUGGGCCAACACGGUUUGCAUGGAAUGACGGAAAGGCUUGCCCCGACCACAUCCCCACCAAACGUAAAAGAAUGGUCCCUGCGAGCGUGGAGGAUGAAGGAACAGCUGGACCAGGCCCAAACCACCUUGGCGUUGCUCCACAGACCCCUGGUACUUCAAGUGUUGUGCUUAAAAUUGAGAAUGAUAUGCUCAGAAAAGAAAAUGACCAACUGAAACGAGAAUUGGAGAAACAAAAACAAACAUUUUCAUUCAGUCAAAUCUCCUCACACCCUGACAAAGUUAAAUACUACACUGGCUUGACAGAUGCUGCCACUGUCUUAUUUUUGGAAGCCCUUCUCUCAAAAUUUGAUCGCCAGUACCACUUUAAUUGGAAUGUCCAAAUUAUGCCCCUUAUCGAUCAGCUACUCCUGACUUUGAUGAAGCUCCGACUGAAUUGUGGCAUCCUAGACCUUGCAACAAGAUUUAAUUGCUGCCGUGCCACAGUCACCAACAUCUUCACCACAAUCAGCAGUGCACUGUAUGACAUUUUGUAUGUUGGCAUGAUGGAAAACAACAUGCCCUCGAGAUUCAAGAACCAAACAUCCCUGCCAGAUUGCUUCCAGCCAUUCCCCGACUGUCGAAUUGUGCUUGACUGCGCUGAAGUGGCCGUCUCCAAUACAGAAAGACUGGACACCCAGAGUCAUCUGUACAGUCAUUACAAAGGACGCACCACACUUAAAGCUUUGAUCGGUGUGGCUCCCAAUGGAGUUAUAACCUUCGCCAUUGACCUAUACGGUGGAAGUACCUCGGACAAGGCGAUAACAGCUGACUGCGGAGUACUCCAACAGCUAGAACCAGGUGACAUGGUGAUGGCAGAUAAGGGAUUCACUAUUCGUGACAUUUUGCCUGAGGGAGUGUCACUGAACAUCCCAACGUUCCUUGUCAAUGGACAGUUCACAGUGGAGGAAGUAAACCACAAAAGACUCGUUGCCUGUGCAAGGAUUCAUGAGUAGAGCGUUCCAUACAACUUCUGAAAACAUUUGGCAUUUUGACCUACAUCCCGUACCAGCAUAAGAAGCAUGCCAACAAGAUCCUAAAAGUAUGUGUUAGUCUUGUGAAUUUACAGAAGCCCAUUCUUCAAGAAAUUGCAUGAAUAAAUGUCAUUGUUUUA